AUGGGCAACACAGUCUCAGCCAUUGACUCUUCUCGAGUCACAAGGAAAGCAAAGAAGCGCGCUAGGAAUCGAGGAAUGUUCAAUUAUCCAAACGGACGAAACAUUCAGGAGGAAUACAGUCCAUCUGGAGCCAAUCAAUGGGUGACUGUCUUCUUCAACUGGGCCGACCACAAGUAUAACGACGAAGAGUUGAUGGAUCUUGUAGUGGCUCGCAUCAACGCCAGAGACGGCAUCAUUUCGUCUGAACCUGUCCAUCAUGAUAUCAAAUGGUGUUUGUCUCUACGUGUCCCAGUAUACUGGAAUCCUAGCGAUAUUUCGAUUGCCGGCACUGCCAAAGUCAUUGCACAAUGGCAUCAAAGUGAGAUGCGCCAUGCAGGUGUGAAGAUCAACCGCAAAUAUCUAUUCCGCGGCAGCAAUCGUCGAAAAAAGUGUCACUUUUAUUUCCAUUCCCAUUUUUGGUUUCACCUUUCUUGCCGUUACACUUAUACUCCUCUACGUUCCACGAUGACUUGUCAGGGCAAGGAGGAUACUCCGUUGCCCUACACUGCAUCACCAAUCAAGUUACUCUGGAGCGACUUGUCCCUAUUUGUUUCGAAGAUAUGGGCGCUUCCAGGUAUCUUCCUGCCCCUGCAUCUAGCUCGCACCCAUGAGUUUGACGAGUUCUAUCCGUCGUUACGCAAUGGAGCUACUGUGUUGGUCCAUAUAUUUCUGAUGGUUUAUCAACUUGUGUUCCUGUUCUCACUGCCGAUCAUGGUUAUCUGUAUGAUUCCAGGCCUAUGGAUUCUUACAUAUUCUGCUAUUGCUUUGACUGUCAAUUACGCAAUUGUCAUGUUGAUGUUGAACGGCUUCCAGCAGAUCCUGGUAUCCCAAGUAUCCGUGGUCGAGCGACCAGGCAAUGAGCGGGAGCGUUGGUUGUAUAUAAAUGGAAUUGCAGCUGGGCAUCACUGGGUACAGAUGAACAUCGAUCAACUGUCACACAUCUUUGGUCGGAAAGUGACGGGCGUGCACAACCGCACCGCGGGAAUUGUCUUUGAUCUCAUUGAAUGUCUGAUUCAACGGGACUUUGCAUACGCUACUGACGAUAUAAGACAAUCAUAUGCCCUGGUCAAGGAAGCUCUCUUGGACCCAGAAUGUGACAAGGUGGUUUUGCUUCUUCACAGCCAAGGUGGUAUUGAAGGAGGACUGGUCUUGGACUGGCUUUUGGAUGAGCUACCCCACGAUCGCCUUCAUCACUUGGAGGUAUAUACCUUUGGAAAUGCGGCGAAUCACUUCAAUAACCCGCGAUGGACAAAGCUAGCAAGGCCACAAAGAAUCUCAACACCUGAUAUAGUGCAUCAAUUUGGUCAAUCCAUCGGCCAUAUUGAGCAUUACGCCAAUUCAGGAGAUAUUGUGGCCCUAGGGGGAGUGCUCCACUUUGUGGACAUCCCAAAUCGAUAUAUGGGUCGGCUGUUCGUUCGCCCGAAUUCAGGUCACCUCCUCAACAUGCAUUACCUAGACAACAUGUUUACUCUAGGUCCUGAUAUGAGCGUCCUUGACUCCAAUCCAUUUAUGGAUAUGGAGGUUGAGCCAUGGACAACCGCAGGUAUAAACGGAUAUGAUGGCCCUCCACAUCGAGUCAGGUAUCAACCCACUAUAACCAGAGAUGAGGCCUUUCUCCCCGCCGCAUUGAGCCUGCAACGGUCACAAACGAAUGGUGUAGGUCAAAGACUGCGUGUCAAGGACUUCAGCCGGCUCUGGAAGUAUAGAAAUGGAGGGUGCCCGAACGAAACAGGCACGGCACGAUGA